CGAUGUAUACCGAUUUCACUAGCUAAUGUGCAAUAGGUAAUUCAAUAUGGAAAAUACGGUGGAUUCAACGAUAUCAUAUACACCAGUAUACAGUAAAGAGAUCACGAAAAGUUUGGAAAAUAAUUUCUCAAGAAUUUCGGAGGAAUGUUACCUGGAUCAUGCAGGAGCAACAUUGUAUUCUGAUACACAAAUAAAGAAUGUUGCUUCUGAUUUACAUAAUUCACUUUAUGCUAACCCACACUCUAUUGGAACUGCAAGUAAUGUAACUCAAGAUAUCAUAGAGAAUAUGAGACAUCUAAUUUUAGAUCAUUUCCACACAUCUGCUGAUGAAUACAGUAUUAUUUUCACAUCAGGUGCAACUGCAUCUUUAAAGAUAAUUGCCGAUACAUUUCUUUUUAAUAAAAAUGAAAAAAAUAUUUCUAAUUCAGCACACUUUGUAUACACACAAGAUAAUCAUACUUCAGUUCUUGGUAUGAGAGAAAUUGUUAAUAAAAAAGGGGCAAAAAUAACUUGUUUGAGUCAUAAUAAUGCCUUUGAAGUUUUUAAUUCUUCAAAAUCCACAAAUUCCCAUCCACGACAAAGCAAUUUAUUAAAAAAUAAUUCACUUUUUGUUUAUCCUGCACAAUGUAAUUUUUCUGGAUUAAAGUAUCCUUUAACAUGGAUCAAUGAUGUACAUAACAGAGUUUUAUCUAAUGUAGUCUGUGAUGCAUCUACAAGGUGGUAUGUUUUACUUGAUGCUGCUGCCUUUGCAUCGACAAAUGAGUUAGAUCUGUCUGUUUAUAAACCAGAUUUUGUUUGCCUAUCUUUUUAUAAAAUGUUUGGAUAUCCUACUGGAAUUGGUGCACUAUUAGUAAAACAUGCUAGUGCAGGUGUACUUCAAAAAAUUUAUUAUGGUGGUGGUACUGUAGAUGUUUCUUUAAGCUCUGAAUUAUUCCAUAUAAAACGACAAAAUCUUCAUCAAAGAUUCGAAGAUGGUACUAUACCAUUUCUCUCUAUAAUAUCAUUAAAACAUGGUUUUGAUAUACUAUCAUAUAUUACAAUGGAGAAGAUUUCACAACAUGUAUUCUUACUUGCAAAAUUUUUAUAUAAAUCCUUGUUAAUGCUUCAUCACAGCAAUGGGAAACCAGUUGCAAUACUAUAUUCUGAUACUGAUUAUGAUAAUCAUAAUAUGCAAGGUGGUAUUGUUGCCUUUAAUCUCAUACGGUCUAAUGGUGAAUAUGUAGGAUAUAUGGAGGUUUUAAAUAUGGCUGCAUUGUUCAAAAUACACUUAAGAACUGGUUGCUUUUGCAACCCUGGUGCAUGUCAAAGACAUUUAGCACUAUCAAAUAAAGAAGUUCUUCAAAAUUAUGAGGCUGGAUAUGUCUGUGGAGGUUCUGCAGACUUAAUAAAUGAUAGACCAACAGGUGCUAUUAGAGUUUCAUUUGGAUACAUGUCCACAAUUAAGGAUGUUCAAACCUUAUUAUUGAUGAUUAAAGAAUGUUUUGUGGAUGGGUCACCAGUGUACAAAGUUCCAGAUUGGUGGCUAGAUUACAAAACAACUUUAUGUAGAAAAUAUUAUCAACAUGAUGAAAAUAUAGAAGAAAUAACAAGUUAUAUAUCACAUAAUAGUAAUGGAAUUACAAAUAAGUUACAAAAUGUGAAAAAAUCAGUAGCUGAUUUUAUUUAUGAUAAUUUACAUAAACUUACAAUGGAAACUAUUAUAACUAAAAAGAACUGUAUUUUAGAACAAUUAUACAUAUAUCCAAUAAAAUCAUGUGGUACCUUUAAAAUAACAGGUUCUUGGAAUAUUAAUUCAAAAGGUCUGCAAUAUGAUAGAGAAUGGAUGAUUAUUACAUCUUCUGGUACUUGCUUAACACAAAAGCAACAUGUAAAUCUUUGUUUGUUGAAACCAAUUAUAUUUAAAAGUAAAGGAAUCAUGCAAUUACAUUACCCAGAAAUGCCUGCUAUUGAUAUCCCUUUAGAUAAUAGUUCUGUAAGUACUAUAAAUGGAACCAUAUGUCAAAGUAGAGUUUGUGGACAAAAAGUAGAGGGCAUUGAUUGUGGUAUGGAAGUUUCUGAGUGGCUUAGUUUAGCAUUAGGUUUUCCAAAUUUGAGACUUAUAAGACAAAAAAAUUAUGAUAAGGAAAAAGAAGGUAACAUUAAAUCAGAACUAUCAUUCUCUAGUCAAGCACAAUAUUUGUUAAUAAAUAAAGCAAGUGCAUUAUGGCUUAGUGAUAAAAUAUCUGAUUCAAAAGUUCAAAAAGAUACAAUCAUAGACAGAUUUAGAGGAAAUAUGAUAUUAAGUGGUUGUGAAGCUUUUGAUGAAACAAAGUGGAAAUAUAUUUCUAUUGGUAAAAAUAAUUUUGAGGUAACUGGACCUUGUACUAGAUGUCAAAUGAUUUGUAUUGACCAAACCACUGGUUUAAAGACAGUGGAACCAUUACGUACACUUACAGAACAAUUUCAUGGGAAAAUGAAAUUUGGUAUUUAUUUAACUAAAAAAACUGAAGAUGAUGGAAUAGUUACUGUUGGUGAUACUGUUUACGUUUCAUAA